AUGACGACUUCAACACAUAGCUCCGCGCAAGACGUCUCGCCGGGGAGCCUGAGCGACAACCAAGAUGUGCCUUUGCUAACGUCGCCGCUGCCUGAAGCACAACAGCCAGCUGCCCAUGACCCAACUGGCUUUCCUGUCGCUUCUCACAUAGACUUGAGUAAUCCACCGAUCAGCUUGGACUCUCUAUCCUCCGCAUCCACAUACGCAUCUACGUCAUCAUCUGGUCGCACCAAACCCAAUCUGCUCGGCUCUGAUGGCUUCGGAAAGGUUGGAGCGCAGCUCUGGGCACAACGCGAAGAGAGCGUAGUGCGCAAUCGUCAGGGUAGCGUCCUCAAUCGUGGCCUCAUCCUCAAGACCGAUCACUUUGCCGGUGGAGCACGUCACGCUCACCUUAACCUACAUCUCCAGGGCGCUCCCAACUUUCGCAAGGCGGACUGCUCCCUCGAAGUGUACGGCGUUGCCCAGCCUACCAUCACCGGUCUCAAGACCAUCCUCUCGGUUCUCAAUGCUCGUCCUACCAAGAAUGCCAAUGGCAUCCAAAACUUCGAACUGCGUCCUCCGAGCCAUGCAGCAGUUGCAUCCACAUCCCCAACGCAGCCUUUCUCCCCUUUAAGCUCACCUUCUCUCGCCCAGGCUUCGUCUGCCGCUAUCGAUGCCAAUGCGCACACACCUUGUGCUUCUGAAAAGCUUCGCAGAUGCGUCUGGGUCUGCACUAGGGAGGAGCCCGUCAUCUAUGUCGGUGGACGACCCUUUGUGCUGCGAGAAGCCGAGCGACCCGUCAGUACCUUUGAACUCAGCAUGCGUGCUGACAACCUCGAGGCCAUCGAAUCCCGCUUGAAACAGGACAUCCUCCGCGAGUCAUCCAAGUACGGAGGCCUCGUCAUGGUGCACGAGGAGACAGCAACCGGCCAGAUUGAGCCAACCUGGAUAGCCGUCGACGAAGCUUCCGUCCACACCGUCCGCCAAGUCUGGCAACGUGUCAAAGCCGAAGGUUGGAGGGUUGACUAUCACCGCAUCCCUAUUGCCGAAGACCAGGCCAUCGAGAACAACUAUCUGGACGCCUAUACACAGGUCAUCAAGGACCUCGACCCCACCGAAACAAGUCUGGUAGCCAACUGCGGCAUCGGCUUCACACGAACCACGUUUGCCAUGGUUGCUGCCGUGAUCCUUCGAAGAAAGCAAAUGCUCUUGCUUGGCCACGACGAUCCAUUUUCACCUCUCUCCGAACAGCAAAAGUCGCCGUUGCAGACGCCUGCAAACGCAACACCUCACUCUGGAGUCGCUCGCUCCCUUCGACAGGCGAGCGAGCAGCAGGCGCACAAUCUCUCGCUCUUGCGACUCAUCCGUGUCCUCAACGUGAGUCUCUCGACCCGCGAUUCGCAGUCGACCAUUGAAAUCUUGCUUUCCAAUCCGGCCCUGCUCGAGUCGCUGCGCAAAGCAAACUCUGGAGACUACGGCAUCAUUAGGCAGCUAGCUGGCCUCCUCGACGAAGGUCUCGAGAACAAAGCCAUCGUCGACGUUGCCAUCGACUGCUGUGCCCAUGUCACCAACUUACGAGAGACCAUCCUCUCGUCCAGGAUUCGAUACUCCACAGAUGCUCUCGACGAGGCGCAGGCCACCCUGCAUCUCGAAAAGGCAGCAAAAUCGCUCGAAAAGUACUUUUUCCUCGUAGCCUUUGCCAGCUACGUCAACGCCAGUAAGACAGCCACCUUCCAACACCGCUUCGCCAAUUGGCUCAAAAAUAGGGCCGAAAUCUGGCGAGGUAUUCAGCUUAUCCGAUCCAAGGGCCGUCGUCUCUAUUUCUUCGACCCCGUUGGUGAUCUGCGCAUCCUCAGCGGAGGCAAAGCCGGCGAGCUCGUUGCUACCUCGGAGAAGUUACAAAGUCGUUUCGGUGAGGUCUCGGGCCAAGGUGCCCAGGUGCCCGGUGACGAGUUCGCCGACUACGUCAUACGUAACCGUGCCGGUAUCGUGUUGCGCCCGUUCACCCUACUCAAAUGCGACAUCUGGCGCAAAUUUAUCGAACGCAACGCUGGUCUCCCCAUCCGCGGCACCGUCAACUUUCGCCGCAUUCCAGGUAGCAACAUCUUUGCUACAGGCCAGCCCACCGUUGAUGGUAUCCGCAAUGUCGUGCUGGCCCUUCAGCAGCACUACGCAACCAAAUCUGACGACUCUAGCUACCCAACCCGCACCAUCACCUGGAUAAAUCUGCGAGAAGAGCCCAUCGUCUAUGUAAAUGGCAAGCCGUACUGCCUUCGUCAAAAGGGCAUGUCGCUUCGUAACAUCAAAGCGUACAGCGGCAUCAAUUGGGAUCGUCUUCUCUUGCUCGAGGAUCGACUCAAGAACGACGUCGUCAACGAGUUGCAAUCAGGUGAAGGUCGGCUUCUGCUGCAUACCGAGACUUCUGACGGAACCGUGAUCCCGAUCUGGGAAGAAGCCACUGCAUCGGAUGUGGAUACUGUGCAGGAGAUUAUGAUGCACAUUGGCGCCGACUUCAAGGACAACGUUCAACUGCGUUUCCGAAGGAUCCCGAUGACGGCAGAAAAGCCUCCCGACUUUUCCGACAUCAGCGAGCUUCUCUCGACUGUGCUGCAGGCGAAUGUGGAGCGACAACCAAUUGUGCUCAAUUGUCAGCUCGGAAGGGGUCGCAGCACCAUGACUGCGGUGCUCAUCCUUAUGAUUGCUAGGUGGCUUCAGCAAGGACAACGCAGGCUUCCUGAAUCGAGGCUGCACGAGAUGAGCGACGGUGGAAAGGACACUGAGGCUACCAAUGAGACGACCAACGGCUCGCACGGACUUGGACUGUCCGACUCAGCUCAGGACAGCGGCUCGGCUAUGCCAUACGCACGCGAUACGUUCAGCGCAGACUUGCUUGAAGAUGCGCUCGGCUCCAAUUCUACCGGCCAAGUUCAGCUGCCGAAGCGAGCUCCGCUCAGCUACCACGUCAUCAACAGUCUACUGCGUGUUAUUCCUCGUGGCUUAGAAGUCAAGAAGAUGGUCGACGAAUGCAUCGACCAAUGUGCUACUGUCACCAACCUGCGUGAGGCGAUCGAGGAAGCACGUCUCGCCGCCGAAGACACAGAAGACGAAGCACUGCGCAAGAAGCGUAUCCAAAGUGCCAUUCACAAUCUGCGUCGAUACUUUUUGCUCAUCGUCUUUCAAUCAUACCUCUCUCAAACUAGGCCCGAUCUGCUCGAGGCAUCUCCCAGCUUCCGCUCGUUUGUCACGCGCCAACCGGUCUUCGAGACGAUCGCCAAGGAGUUUGACAAGAUCGACAUUUCCACCAUCAUGCCCUUGCAAAAGGUGGAUGCGAGCGAUGGUAUGGCGCUGUCGGACGAGGUGCAGGAGGUGGUCUCGCAUCGCAGCGGAAGCAUCCUCUCUGCUUACACGAUGCUCAAGUCGGACUUUUUCAGCGGCAUUCUCAAGCUCGGCUUACCGGAGCGAAUCGAGGGCAUGCCCAAUCUGCGGGGUGUGCCGCUGUUGUUGACUCCUCCCAAUCACGCGUCCAAUCAGCCAUCGACGCCGAUGACGCCCAAGACGCCGAUCAUGACGCACGGCAGAGAGACGUGGGGAUCUGGUAUGCCCACCGUAGAUGGUCUGCGCCGUGGACUGACGCGCAUGGGUGCAGGGCCCAAUGGACCGGCCAAGGUGGUUUGGACGUCGCUGCGAGAAGAACCGGUGUUGUACGUCAACGGUCGGCCUCAUGUGCUGCGACUGGCCGAUCAACCGAUCACCAACAUCGAAGCCACCGGUGUCACCACGGAUGUCGUCGAGGGGAUGGAGUUGGCGCUCAAGAACGACAUGCUCAAGGAAGCUUCGGAACGUGGAGGACGUGUUCUGUUGCACGACGAGACCGAGAUCCGUCAAGGCGAGUUCGACAUCAUUCCUGUCUGGGAAACGGUCAAGGACGGAGAUGUGCUCACACCUCGCGAGGUGUACGAACUGGUGCAGCGAGAGGGAUACAAGGUGGACUACGCUCGACUUGCUAUCACGGACGAACAGGCGCCGGUUCCUGCGGUAUUCUCGCAGCUCGAGGAGCGAGUGAUCACCGCACUGCAGACUGGCUCUGCUUGCGUGUUUAAUUGUCAGAUGGGUCGAGGACGUACGACGACUGGCAUGGUGAUUGCGUCGCUUGUGUCCACUGUGUGGCACUUUGGUGAUCAGCUGGUGUCGAGCUACGAAAUGUCGGGAUCCAUCGUACUGCCCACCUCGGGAUCCGCAGACGAGGCGGCGGCGGCGGUGGCAGCGGCUGGUGGAGUGUCGGCGACGGCAGCUGAGGAUGAAGCAUUUGGUCAGCCCAAAGACAACCUGGACAAUCGCGAGGAUGACUUGCGCUUGCAAGGCGAGUGGCGUACGAUCCUGCAGCUCGUAGGAGUGCUUUCGCAUGGCAAGCUGGCUAAGAAGCUUACCGAUCGAGCCAUCGACCGUAUGGAGGCGGUGCAGAACCUGCGCAAAGCCAUCUACGACUCGAAGCUACGCGCAGACAAUGCAGAAGCAGCAAGCAAGAAGCACAAGCAUCUCGAGACGGUAUUCACAAAUUACUUGCAGAGAUACGGAUACCUGAUCACGUUUGCCAACUACCUGCUCGAGAAGGCCGAGGCGGAUGGCUUUGUUCCGCUCUUGCCGGCAUUGGGUGGUGGUGGUCCGGCGAUCGCGAUCGACCAAGGCGAUCUUGACUCGGCGCUUGGUGCGAGGAAGAGGUCCGAGUCCAUGUCUUCUCAGCUGUCGAGCUCAACGGCGUUCACAAGCUAUGCAGAUGGCUCUGGAAGAAGGUUCCCGUCGUUCUUGGGUUGGCUGCAGCCCAGACGCGAGAUUGGUAACAUCCUGUCUCGUGACAGGCUCGAGUAG